AUGCUAACUAGAUUGUCAAGGAGGGCAUUUACGACAUCUGUCCCAAAGCUUCAGACGUUGGCCACACCAGUUACAAAAAAAACCGUCACUGGCCUCUCCAAGGAAGAGUUGCAAAGAAGUCCUAAUGCAGCUCAAGCACCAAAUGAAGUAAAGCCCUGGACUCCAAGUCAGCAGCCAAGAGAUGAAGCUAUUUCAAAAAACGCAGUAAGGUUUGUUCAGAGAGACUUAGCUGAACAACCUCAACCUUACGCUGCUAUUGAUUUGAUAGCCCAAGAGCCUAUCAGAUACAUUGCUCAUGAUAACAUCGCUGUAUGCGACGGCAAUAAAGGCUCUACUUUACAAGGUCAUCCCAAAAUUUUCAUCAACUUGGACCAACCUAAGGCUUCGACCUGUGGCUAUUGCGGCUUGAGGUAUGCAAAGGAGGAACAUAGAGAUAUCAUUGAGAGGAAAGAAACAUAA